UCUUAUCAAACCAAUCAUAAAUCAUCCUGCAUUUGUAGGUCGUACAACAAUUUGGUCUUACACCUAGAUCAGCAUUGAAAUUUUUUGCCAUUAUAUAUCAAGAAUUUAAUUUGUGUAAAAAAAAACAAAAACACAACAUGUUUUUCAAUAUAGCGAGUGCAUCAGAAUAUUUAGUAGUAACCGGGGCAGGAAUUUCGGAUAUAAAGCUAGCCAAGAAGGCAUGGGUUCUACCAGGGCAAUCAUGCACCAAAUUCGACAUUUCACCGGUCAACUACACCUUCGAGGUGCAAGCCAUGAGCUCAGAGAAGCUGCCAUUCAUCCUGCCAGCAGUGUUUACCAUAGGGCCUAGAGUCGACAAUGAUGAUUCACUCAUGAAGUAUGCCAAACUCAUUGCUCCUCAUGACAAACACUCCCACCAUGUGGAGGAGCUUGUCCAAGGUGUGAUCGAGGGUGAGACACGAGUACUUGCUGCCUCCAUGACCAUGGAGGAGGUUUUUAGUGGGGCUAAGAAGUUUAAGCAAGAGGUCUUUGAAAAGGUGCAGCUUGAACUUAAUCAGUUUGGAUUGCUCAUUUAUAAUGCAAAUAUCAAGCAAUUGGUGGAUAUUCCUGGCCAUGAGUACUUUUCUUAUUUGGGCCAAAAGACCCAAAUGGAGGCUGCCAAUCAGGCCAAGAUUGAUGUUGCAGAAGCAAGAAAGAAGGGAGAGAUAGGAUCGAAGUUGAGGGAUGGAGAAACGUUGCAAUACGCGUCAAAGAUUGAUGCAGAAACAAGGAUAAUAUCAGUGCAAAGGAAAGGAGGAGCACAGAAGGAAGAGAUAAAGGUGAAGGCAGAGGUGCAAAUAUACGAGAAUGAAAGGUUGGCUGAGGUGGCAGAAGCGAAUGCUGAGUUGGCAACAAAGCAGGCUAGUUGGACUAAAGAAACACAGGUUGCUGAGGUGGAAGCUGAUAAAGCAGUCAAACUUAGAGAAGCUGAGUUGCAAAGAGAAGUUGAGAGGAUGAACGCUUUGACUCAAACCGAAAAAUUGAAGGCUGAGUUUUUGAGUAAAGCUAGUGUUGAGUAUGAAACUAAGGUACAAGAAGCGAAUUGGGAGUUAUACCAACAACAAAAGGCAGCGGAGGCAACUCUAUUCAAGAAAGAAAAGGAGGCCGAAGCACAAAAGGCACUUGCUCAAGCAGCAUUUUACUCUCGUCAACAAGCAGCUGAUGCCGACCUUUAUGCAAAGCAAAAGGAAGCAGAAGGAAUACUAGCACUUGCCCAAGCACAAGGUACCUAUUUACGUACCCUAUUAGAGGCACUUGGGGGCAAUUACGCAGCUCUAAGGGACUACAUGAUGAUUAACAACGGCAUGUUUCAAGACAUUGCUAAAAUUAAUGCCGAGGGUAUCAAGGGCUUGCAACCUAAGAUUAGUGUGUGGACAAAUGGUGGUGAGGGAUCGAAUGAUAAGACAGCCGGUGGUACAGCAAUGGCAGAGGUCGCAAAUAUCUAUCGAACUUUGCCACCAUUGUUCAAGACAGUUCAAGAACAAACUGGGAUGGUUCCACCUUCAUGGUUGGGCUCACUCAAGGACACUGGUAAUACAUAUGAUUGAGACGAUUUAAUUCCAAAUUCCCAUGAUUUACGCUAUUCUUCUGCUACUCGUCAAGUUUAUGACUAUACGUUUUGUUGUUGAGCGGUUUAGACUUCAGAGCUUUAUUGUAUCAUUCAUAUAAUCAUAUGUAUGACAAUAAUUUUAAUUGAGUUUUUGUCGCUAACUAAUGUGCAAUAUGCAUUUGCA